AUGAGAUUGGACAUCCCUAUUGCAAGCUUUUUGGCCACGUUCCCGGUCAUCAGCUUGGAAGGAUGGGUAGACAUAAUGUAUUACGUCCAAGACGCUCAUUCAUUCUGGGACUGGAUUUAUUUCGUGCUGCUCAUCGUGAUCGGAUCGUUUUUCAUGAUAAACCUGUGUUUGGUAGUCAUAGCCACACAAUUUUCCGAGACAAAAAAGAGGGAAAUGGAAAGAAUGAAAAUGGAACGAGCUCGUUUCCACUCGACCAGCACACUGACCUCGUCGACAAACAACUCCGAGCCAUCGUCCUGUUACGCCCAAAUGGUGAAGUACGUCGCUCAUCUGUGGAGGCGAGGCAAGCGGAAACUGAUCAAAAAGUAUCGGGUAUGGAUGCUGCGACGGCAGACCGAAAGGGAGGAGAAGGCGCAGCGGCAGAGCGCCACCACCGUCGCGCUCCUAUCGCUCAACACUAAUAACAACGACAAAAGCGUUAAUCUUAUAGGAACAAACGACAAUAAGUACGGAAAUGGAGGAAGAAACGGUGAUGGUGAUGAAGAAUCGUCUCAGCCAAUGCUCCGGUUUAUGGAUAACGCUCAAAUCGAUUCGAGCGGGAACCUUCUAAGUCCGGGGUCGACAUCCAGCAACGGUGGAAUCGUGUCAAGGAGACGGAGCGUCGUAGUGGCUUUCAGCGACGAACUAAUUACCAGGAGUGGUCCCGCCACUACCGCCGCCGCCGCCGCUGCCGCUGCCGCCGCUGCUGCCGCUGCAGCUGCAUCCGCCGAUGCCGAUGCUUCGUCCGCUGCGGUAACGACGACGACGUCUACUGCCUCCACUGCCACCUCCAUCGCCACCACCACGGCCGCCACAACCACCAAGGCCUCGGCAAACGUCGCACUUUGUUCGACUGAGAAAACGACGCAGACGGUCGAAGGGACAGCGUGGAACACRUCUACCUCCGCCAAUACCACCAUAGUAUCACUGAACAACGCAGCGACUGACCCAGACGACCAGGACAUGACGUGCCAAGAACUUUUGGCGAUCAGUGGAGCCCUGUCAGCAGCUUUGCCCACCGGACAAUCAGCCCUUACGUCGCUGCUGAAGGCGCUCGGCAAGACAGGGGGAGCCAGCGUGGCGACAAUCGUGCAAAAUGUGAAUCGCACCGCCAACAACGCGAGUAACAUCCACAACAACAACAACAACAACCACAGGAACAACAAUAGGACGAAACGUCACGCACUCAUGGACAGACAAUCGGACGGUGAACUGAUGAUGGACAAUGACAAUUUGGAGAGUAAAAACAAAGCAUGCCUAACCGACGCGGUGGGUUGCCUGCAGAUUUAUUGUCUGGUGGGUUGUUCCCUGUUGAGAGAGUGUAUAAAGCUCCUUGUCAACCACAGACGAUUCCAGCAGUGCAUUUUGCUAGCAAUACUUAUCAACACGCUCAGCAUGGGCAUAGAGUACCACAAUCAGCCUAUGGAGCUCACUGUAAUUGUGGAAUAUAGCAAUAUUGUUUUUUCUGCGAUAUUUGCCGCUGAGAUGUUUUUGAAGGUAAUCGCCGAGGGGCCAUGCGGCUACGUCAGUAAUGGAUUCAACGUAUUUGAUGGAAUCAUUGUCAUAUUAAGUAUAGUGGAAUUGACGCAGUCGUUUGAGAACACUAGUGGACAACGAGAAGGAAAUUCAGGACUAAGUGUGCUGAGAACAUUUAGGCUAUUAAGAAUAUUGAAACUCGUUCGAUUUAUGCCAAACCUACGUCGUCAAUUGUUCGUCAUGCUCCGUACCAUGGAUAAUGUUGCAGUGUUUUUUUCACUUCUAAUUUUGUUUAUCUUCAUAUUCAGCAUUCUCGGAAUGUAUCUUUUCGGUGGUAAGUUUUGCAUGUACGGGAACGGAGCCCGGGAAUGCAACUGCAAAGAAAUUGUCACUAAACAUCCCUUGUGCGUCUGCGAUCGAAAACAUUUUAAUAAUGUAUUAUGGGCAACAGUCACCGUCUUUCAAAUUCUAACACAAGAAGACUGGAAUAUYGUUUUGUUUAACGGAAUGGAAAAAACGAGUCAYUGGGCUGCUCUUUAUUUUGUGACGCUGAUGACUUUCGGCAAUUACGUGCUGUUCAAUUUACUGGUAGCAAUUUUGGUUGAAGGAUUUUCUUCAGAGCGUAAUGAACGCAGAGAAAGAGAACGACGGGAGCUCGAGAGACAACAACAGUCAUCGUGGUGCAAGUGCACCUGUUCGUGUUAUGGUGACGAGAAAGGGGAUUGUGAAUUUUGUACAGAGAAAAAAAGCUUGAAYGGAAGAUCAAGCACCGAGUUAAAAAUUGAUAAUCCAAACAGAGACAUUAUAACUAAUAAAUGUAAUACACACAAGGUCACUUCGUUAGUAAUUGCUCCACCUCCGCCUAUAAUUACACACACUGCGGCCACGCCGCAAGACUCGCCAAAUGCUGCUCACGAGUCAAGGGAUUUUCGGCGAUUCCAGUCGCUAACACCGUAUACAUUUUUACCGUUUGACACAAAUGGAAGCGGAUUUUCGAUUGAUUCGAUUGACUGCUCAGUGCGUUCGUCAACAAAUAGCUUGCAGAGUGUUUCUAAGUUUCCUAAAAUCAACAACAGAACUCCUCAAAUAUCUAGUCCACAAAAGUUGGUAGCGAAUCAAAGUUUUGAAACGAUUCCGGAAGACAUUUCUUACAGUGGAGAAAAUGGUGAAAAACUUCAAAGACGAUAUUCAUGGAAAAUCUCGAGACCCUCGUUAAGACGAAAAUCAAAAUUCAGUAACGCAGAAUGUGAAAGUGACGAUCAAGGAAUACUGGUUUUAAACAACAAUAGCCAAUCAGUAGUGAAUUCCGGAGCUGCACAAGACCACUCUCAAUGUAACGGCGGCGUUUCAAAAAGUCCAUCGCCAAAUUUCCGUGUGCCAAACAAUUCGUUGUCCGAUUAUAAUACUAUUGAAAGGUCUCCAUCAACUGUACAACAGAGCACGGUUAAUUACGUUCUAGCCGGUUGUCAGUACGACUGCUGUCAACCGUGUGACACACUAGGGUGCCCCGGACCCGCGGACGACAAGUCAUCCGAACCAUGUUGCAACUGCGACGCCGAGUCGGACACAGCCAAAGUGAACGUCCGCAAAGUGUUCUAUUUCUUCGAAGAAAAGGGUUGGCUCAAGGAGCGGGCCGAGUAUUCGCUGUACAUAUUUCCACCGGACCACGGUUUCAGGAAAUCGUGUGGAAAGUUCAUCAAGCAAAAAUGGUUCGACAACGCAGUGCUCACAUUUAUAGCGUUGAACUGUAUCACUUUGGCCAUGGAAAGACCGAACAUACCACCAGACAGCAAUGAGAGGACGUUUUUGGGCACGGCCAAUUACGUUUUUACUGUGGUGUUUGCGCUCGAGAUGUUUGUCAAAGUCGUAGCCGCGAGCAUGUUCUACGGCACGGAACCAUACUUCAAGUCUGGUUGGAAUAUCAUGGACGGAUUGCUCGUAGUGGUKUCUAUCAUAGAUCUGCUGAUGUCAUUGAUCUCCGAAAGUAGCCCAAAAAUAUUUGGAAUACUGAGGGUGUUUAGACUAUUAAGAUCACUGAGGCCGUUGAGAGUGAUCAACAGAGCACCAGGUCUAAAAUUAGUGGUACAGACACUGUUGUCAUCGUUGAGGCCAAUAGGCAACAUUGUACUGAUUUGUUGCACUUUUUUCAUAAUUUUUGGUAUUUUAGGAGUUCAACUUUUCAAAGGAACGUUUUUUCACUGCGAAGGCCCUAACAUUAAACACGUCCGUGACAAAAAAGAAUGUCUAGCUGACAAGAAAAACACAUGGGUCAAUCAAAAAUACAAUUUCGACGAUCUGGGAAAGGCGUUGAUGUCUUUGUUCGUGUUGUCGUCCAGAGAUGGUUGGGUGAACAUCAUGUACACGGGUCUGGACGCCGUGGGAGUUGAUCAACAAGCGUUGACUUACGCGUUGAAAAUAUUCAAUUAUUUUUUCACCGCCGUGUUCAUACUGGAGUGCGUGAUGAAAAUGUUGGCACUGGGACUUCAGCUCUACGUGAAGGACAAAUGGAAUAUAUUGGACAUUGGUAUCGUUAUAUUGUCCAUAGUGGGUAUCACGUUGGAAGAAUUAGAAUCGAAAAUUAUACCAAUCAAUCCGACUAUUAUCCGAGUGAUGAGAGUUAUGAGAAUCGCUAGAGUUUUAAAAUUACUGAAAAUGGCUAAAGGAAUAAGAGCUCUUUUGGAUACCGUGAUGCAAGCACUACCUCAAGUAGGAAAUUUAGGACUUCUAUUUUUUCUAUUGUUCUUCAUAUUCGMCGCAUUGGGCGUKGAACUGUUUGGGAGACUCGAGUGCAGCGAAGAGCAUUCGUGCCAAGGUCUGGGAGAGCAUGCUCACUUCGGUAACUUCGGAAUGGCUUUCCUGACGCUAUUCCGGGUUGCGACUGGAGACAACUGGAAUGGCAUCAUGAAAGAUGCACUCCGUGAGGACUGCGACAACGCGGCAGACUGUGUGAAAAACUGCUGCGUCGCUGACGGCAUAGCGCCCAUGUUUUUCGUCAUAUUCGUGCUGAUGGCGCAGUUCGUUUUGGUCAACGUAGUGGUCGCCGUACUCAUGAAACAUCUCGAAGAAUCUCAUAAACAGAUGGAAGACGAGAUGGAUAUGGAAGAUCAAUUGGAGAGAGAAAUGGCUGCGGAAGAAGAAGAACAAUUGGUUCAAAUGGCCCUUGACCAUGAGUACUCGAUACAAAAUCCCCUAUGCAAAGAGUUUUCACUACCCGCAGACUUUACUUUUAAAAGUUUGCCACCUUCACCACUAUACCAAAGUCAAGGACGACGGUUUUCAUUCAAUUCUUGGAGUGGUAGGAUGACGGAACCGACUAUCGUACCAUCGCAGAGAAGACGUCAGACCGUCCAGGAGUCGAAUAUGCUCGUCCCACCAGCGCUCAUGCCCACUUUCAUGAUUCCUCAUUUCGAAUCUAAGAACCGGAAGUCAUCUUUGGGCACACAGCACCGAAGUGAUGUCACUCGGAGGGACAGUGUCCGAAGUUCCAGUUCGCAACGAACGGCAACGGACCAACAGGACGCCGCCGGUCAACGCAAGCAACAACAGCAGCAACAAAUGCAACAGCUGCAUCAAUUGCAACAGUGUACGGACUGGCAGUCAUCGGCGAACCAAGUGCAGCUGCAAGCGAGGUGCGUCUCGGAGGCGAUUGCCGGCGGUAAGGCGACCGGAAGCGGAAGCGGGUACCCGGCCCGUGGAGAACCAGCGGCGGCAGUGGCGAAGAACAGCUCUGCCAACGCAGUUCUGUUGACCGUACCGACAACGCCCAAUCCGAAUGCGCUGGCCGUUCCGCCGCCCACGCCUCCGCCAUCGCUGUCCAAGUCUUACGUCACACUGGCCAUACCCGAGGAGUGUGCAGUCGACGUACCACUGUUACGGUCUCGUUUCCCGCAGGUCAGACGAUCCGAAGACCCAAACUCGUCCGGUGUGACCACCGCCGGUCCGAUCAACACGCUGGACGUACGGAUCGAGGCGAGUGUAAAGAGAAAGACCUGAUCAGUCCUCGCCAACACUAUCGAUAUGAUAAUGCUGUUAUUAUUAUUAUUAUUACUACUAUUAUUGUUAUCAUCGUCGUCCUCGUUAUCAUUAUUCUCGUCGUUGUCGACAUUAUUAUUAUUAUCAUUAUUACUAUUAUUAUUACGAAAUUCAGAUUAUCGUCAUUUUUGCAGUCUUAUGAUUUUAUUGCGUGUUCAAAAACUCCCCUCGGGGCCACGUCCACUGGUUGGAGUGAAAUGUGCGCGUUUUUGCAGAGAACAACUAAUUAUUCAUCAAUACAGUUUUUGGAAUUGCAUGCAUCCAUCUAUGGUCGGGUGUUAUUAACUGCGUCGAAUACUUUGACUAACUGCAGGUGUUAUGAGAUAGGUAACGAACUAACGAACUUACAACCUACGGAAUAUGUUUUGUGCCAAUAAUAAGCAUAAUAUGAUUACGGAAAAUUAAAAAUGAGUCGUAAUAGGAACAAUUAAAAUAUAUGCGUUGUAUAUGAGUAAAUUGAAUAAUAACAAUCAUACCAUCUACGAAACAAUGACGAUUGCGUAAAUCAAAAAAAAAAUUAAAAAUUAAAAAUUACACCGCCUAAAAGUUAUAUACGUAUUCAAACGCGAUGACGACAUGAAAAAUCCGUCAAUCAAUCAAUCGAAUCGAUGCUGUAUGAAUCGUAAAUAAAUAAACGUAGGUAGUGUUCGAGAUAUCUAACUAUAUUUUUGACGAAACUAGAGGAUCCGAAUUAUACAACACACUUAAUAAAUUUCAUCUGAAAAUCGAUGUGAACAUUCUUGUUUUAUGCCAUUUUAAUAUUAUUUUUUACCCUAAGCAAUUUGAUUUUACAAAAACCAUAAACUCGACAAAACGCUGUUGAUCGGCGCCCGUGAAACGUGAUUUUAACGAGGUGUUUCUUUGUCGAAAGGUUGCCAUUAUGCGCUGGUCCGUCAAGCACAGUUCGUGUCAGAACGUGUCAGAACGUGUCUAUAAUACGUAAUCUAGCUACGUGGAUAUAUUAUAUUGUAUUUCACACCUGCUCUGAUAGUUUUUCGUCGUCGCGAAUACGUAUUAUAUAAAUUAUAAUAUUAUUUACCGAUAAAAUAUUAUAAUUUAUAAUAUUCCUUGUUAUCGACAAUAAACCCGUUUCGGUUUUAAACCUCUAAUACGCGCACGUAUAAUAUAUUAUACCGCCUAUACCAGCUAUUUAUUAUAAUCCGAACAUUCUAUACUAUGAUAACAGCUAGGUAUCGUGUAUAAGAGGAUUAUCGAUUCUGCCAAAGUGUUUUGUUUUGAAUAAAGUUAUUUAUCGACCCGGUCAAAUCUCAAGUUUAUGAAAAAAUAAAAAAGGUAGGAUUCAGUCAUACGUUUUAAUUUACUGAAUUUUUUCAUAAAUAAUUAAUUUAUAACACAAGUCAUCGCAAUGUUGAUAUUAUGUAUUACCUAACAUAAUAUUAAUUCAAAUCAUGAUAACCUAAUAUGAUAGAGGUAUUAACUAUUAAGUACGUUUACAAUAAAUUUAGUAUAAAAUUAGUAGGUAGUUAUAAUUUAUUUAAACAAUUAUUUAGAAUAAAAAAUAAUGAUUGGUAUGGUUAGAUUGGUGCUUAUACAACGUACCAACUACCAUCACUUUUAUACUUAGCUUAUAAUCGUUUUAAAUGUUAAUGUAUUAUAUUAAAUGUAAGGCUCGACUGAAUUAAUAGCCGGUGGAGUUACAAUAGGACAUUUAAUGAGACAUAAUGAACUAUAGUGAUCUGAGUCGAUACAAAAUCAAUGAAAUAUACACUGAACAGAACAUUUGUAUCCGUUUGUAUUUCGUUAAAACACGUAAUUUAUUGUAAUAUUAUUAAUCACUUUAUUAUUAAGUUUCUCUCUGAUGAUCUUAAUUUCCCUGGAUGUUUUCAAACGUUGAAUUGUCUUAAACAGAAGAUGUACGUAAAAAAAUAGCAGUUAACAUAAUUAUUUCGAAGAUAUAAGUUAUCCUUGGAAACUAUUUUAUUUAUUCUAUAAUUCUAUAUUAUAGAAAAAAAAUGAAUGAUUACAUUUCAAGGUAUAUCAUUUUAUGAAAUAUGUAGCAACCUAUUGCAAUGAUAGACAAUUAAUAAGUAACCACUGCUUAUUCUUUUAAAGACUUUAAGAAAUAAUAUAUUUGUUGUGUAGCACUGUCUUUAGCGUAUUGAGGGUGUUCAAAAAUAUUUUGUUAAAAAUUAGCAACUAAUGUUUA